AUGGGGAUAGCCUACGGGGACAGGCGCGCGGGCAAUUUGGGCGCUGCGGUCAUAGACAUGGCCGUGGAUGGGCGAUCCGCGGUCGGGAUGCCCUCAUGCAAGGAUGCGUUUGGAAAGCGGAGUGAGGCGGGUGUUUUGGAUCGCAAGGUCGACGGGGAGCGGUUUUACGGCAAGGGGCGGGUGCUGUCGUGGGAUCAGGGGGCGCCGCAGCGUAUUCAGAGGUGCAUCGACGCGCUGAACGCGCGGAUCGAGGCGCACAACGCCAAGGUGGGGAACCAGAUGAGGGCCUGCGAGAAGCGCAUAGCGCAACUGGAGCGCGCGUGGCAGAGGGAGCGGGCACGGCGGGAGGAUGAGCGGAAGAGGGAGGCCUUCUUGAGGCGGGCGCGGCAGUGGGGCACCAUGACCGCCACCAACUCGGGUGGCUACGGGCACGAGAUCGACAAAAUGUCCGAAACGGCGAUCCCCCCCGAGAGGCCGCGGGACGUCGUGGAGCCCCCCACCCUGAGGGAGGCCCGCGGCGAGUUGCGCGCCCUGCGGGCGGCCCGGCGGGAUCCCGUGCCGUCGAUCUUCAAGGUGCUGCCCGAGGCCGCGCAGUCGAGGCGGGAGGUGGCGCUGGGCCAGGCCAAGGCGGCGUCCGCGGCGGGGAUGCUCAACGGGCUGGCGGGGAUGGAUGCGGGGAACCCGGAUGAGGAGGCGUGCGGCUUGGCGGAGCGCGCGCUGAUGAAG